AAACACUCCGACGACAACGGUGAACCAUAACGUUGGUAAGAGAACGUUACGGUUCACGGUUGUCGUCAGAGCAUUUUGUUGGCGUAUUCCGGAGUGUAGAGAUGUCUGGCCACAACAAUAAGCAGACCGACUCCAAUAAGCAAAUUCUGACCGGUGAUACACCUAAAGACUCUGCUCUAGAUUUUGACCUUGAUAAAUACAUCAAGGUUAUCAAUCUGAAGUUUCAAGAGACUUCGUUGCAUCAUAUGAAAAGAAUGGAAAAACUAAAGAGGCAAACAAAAACGUUAAAGAAGAAUGAUGAUGUGGUUGUAGCUUGGGCAUCCAUGCAUGACAAUAAGCAAUCAAUGGAAAAGGAGAAACAGGGUUUGGAACCCAAGCAGUCUCCUCUCCCCAUGCCGUUGCUGCCACGGAAGAUCAGUACCGGAACCGGUACUGCCGUUGAGGAGUCUCCCACCUGCAAAAGCCAAAAGGCUGACAAAGUGUACACUAGAAUUGCCCUUAGCCGGAUCCUUGAAUUAAGAUUGAUGGUGUUGGGGGUGGAAACAAUGACAGAACCAUCCUUCGGUACAUAUCCUGGGCCUGACGAUGAUGAAUUGUGUUUCAAGUUUGAUCAUGAUAUGAUGAAGAGUCGUGCGGAUGAAAAGAAGCCUUGCCUGGUGAAUAGAUUACCGAGCGAUGCGUGGGAGAAGUGGUGCAAGGACGGCGGUGUGAUUUGCUUCGCAAUCCAAUCACGCGACCUACUCAAGGUCUUCUUCGCCGAUACAAGGGAUUCCUCCGUCUACCACGUUACUGAUUUCGAUUGCAUCCAAUUUUUUCGGGAUGAAGCAAAUGACUCGGCAGCUCAACUGCGUCCUCUUGGGGUCCAAGAUCUACAUCAUCGGGUGCCCUUCCGGCUUCGGCUGCAGCAAUGCAGUCUUCUAUUGCGACGUGGCUGCAACCCAGCAGUCUUCUUCCUCCUCCCCUGAAGGCUAUGAUUGGAUUCCUGGCCCCAGAUUCAAUUCUCCUACCUUACGCUUUCGCUCUUGCCGGUAAACUCUAUGUGAUUUCUAGCCCCGGCACUGAAAAAUGGGGUUUUCAACCUGACCUUUACUCGUAUCACCCUUUUGAGGUCCUCACCCCUGAUUGUGAUGGAUGGAAAGUGCUGCGCUCCCCAGCUUCUUGGUGGGUAAGAUCGGAUACUCUGCGCAUCUCCUUUCACACCGUUAUUGGGGAUUCUAAAAUCCUUCUCUUUGAUGCCGUUCACGGUUCCUGUCUUAUGUACGAUGCCNCAAUUUUGUGGACCGUCCUUCCAUCUACUCGAAGAAAAUGCUAAUGGUGUGGUGCUAGACCCGAUGAGGGGUGAUUCCAUGAUUAAUUUCUUGUCCACGAAUUUUGAAUCCUUUCCAGUUCAUUUCGACAAGGGUCUCUCCAGUUAUUUGCCUGGGCGCGAACUUUUGAAGCCUCUUCGUUGGAGUUUAUUCCAGCCGAAGGAUAAAAAAUAUUUUAUCAUAUUGGGAUUCACAGAUUGUCAUUCUAAAUGCUCUGUCAUGCUUGGUACUUUUGAUUUAGAGGAUGGGUGUGAUGUAUCAAAUGCUGCCAAGCUUUGUGAAAUGUCUGCUGAUUGCUAUGAUGAUACCAAGCGUUUGAAGAUGACCGAAUACAGGCUUACAAACUUUGAAGUCCGUCUUACUCCUUUGACAGACAGGACUUUCACUCAUUGCAUCGUAAAGUGAUCUCCGGCCUCUUGGUGCAACUGAAUCUGUGAUCUACCUAUCCCGGAGGUUUGAGAACUUAGCUCCGGAUGGAUGUGUGAUGUAUCUGAUGCUGCCAAGCAUUGUGAAAUGGCUGCUGAUUCCUCUGAUGAUCCCAAGCUUAUGAGCCUUAAAGCCCGUUGUAUUCCUUUGACAGAAGGUACUAUACCAUUCACUCAUUGCGUCGUAAAAUGUAAGCUGCUAGCUUCUAAUCAGUCAAUUACAUGCUCACAUUAAAUUUUACUUGCUCUU